ACAGCGGCGAGUCCUGGCUUCCCCGGCGGGCGGGCGGCCCGGGUGAAGGCACCUCUAGUUCAAGCCCCUUCAUACUCCCCGUCCCCUCCUCACGGCUCACUUUAGCCAAGUUUUCCCCUCCACCUUCACCUUCAGCUGGCUAAGGCCACCACUCUCUCCCUGGGCGAGAGAGGGCUGCCCACUCCGGGUCUUACCAGCGCGGACUGCUGGAAACCCCGAGAGGUCUUCUUCCUCUUCUUCUUUUCAGUCCUGUUUCGGGAGAGGGGGUGUGGCGGGGAAGGAUGCGAAACUCCGUUCCUCUGCUCUGCCUCUGGAGCGUCCAUUGUUGCUUUGCGGCGGGAAGCCCCACACCCCCCGGUCCGGAGGGACGGCUGCAAGAUGAGCUCCGUACGCCCAGGAAUGUACAGAUUGUUGCCAAACCUCUUGUGAGAUUUAACCUCCGCACCUCUGGGGACUCAGAACACGAAGGAUGCUACCUCUCCCUCGGCCACAACCAGCCCUUGGAAGACUGUGGCUUCAACAUGACAGCCAAAACCUUUUUCAUCAUUCACGGAUGGACGAUGAGUGGCAUGUUUGAAAAUUGGCUAUACAAGCUUGUGUCCGCCCUGCAGAUGAGAGAGAAAGAAGCCAAUGUUGUGGUGGUUGACUGGCUUCCCCUGGCCCAUCAGCUCUACACAGACGCGGUCAAUAACACGAGGGUGGUGGGACACAGUGUUGCAAGGAUGCUCGAUUGGCUGCAGGAGAAGGAUGAUUUUUCUCUUGGGAAUGUUCACUUGAUCGGCUACAGCCUUGGAGCCCACGUGGCAGGGUAUGCUGGCAACUUCGUGAAAGGCACGGUGGGCAGAAUCACAGCAAUCACGGAAGUGGUGAAAUGUGAGCACGAGCGGGCCGUACACCUCUUUGUUGACUCCCUGGUGAAUCAGGACAAGCCGAGUUUUGCGUUCCAGUGCACGGACUCAAAUCGCUUCAAAAAGGGGAUCUGUCUCAGCUGCCGCAAGAACCGUUGUAACAGCAUUGGCUACAAUGCCAAGAAAACCAGGAGUAAGAGGAACAGCAAAAUGUACCUCAAAACCCGGGCAGGCAUGCCCUUCAGAGUUUACCAUUAUCAGAUGAAAAUCCACAUCUUCAGCUACAAGAAUAUGGGAGACAUCGAACCCAACUUUUACGUCACCCUUUAUGGCACCAACGCGGACUCCCAGAUCCUGCCUUUGGAAAUAGUGGAGCAGAUCGGGCUGAAUGCCACCAACACCUUCCUGGUCUACACCGAGGAGGACCUUGGAGACCUCUUGAAGAUCAAACUCACUUGGGAGGGGGCAGCUCAGUCCUGGUACAACCUGUGGAAGGAGCUUCGCAGCUACCUGUCCCAGCCCCGCAGCUCUGAGCGGCAGCUGAACAUCAGGCGCAUCCGGGUCAAGUCUGGGGAGACCCAGCGGAGGUUGACCUUUUGUGUGGAAGACCUCGACCACACCAGCAUAUCCCCCGGCCAAGAGCUCUGGUUUCACAAGUGUCGGGAUGGCUGGAGGAUGAAAAAUGAAACCAGCCCAACUGUGGAGCUUUCCUGAGGGGCCAGCGAGGCCCACUCACACCCGCCUUCCAGACACAUGGAAGAAAGUUACUGCUGAGGACCCACCUGAUGGAAGGACCCCUCUUGGCCUUGACCCUCAGGCACUGGCAAGAGACUGUUUGCUGGGCCCAGGACCUUACCUCCUAUGACUGUUGGGACUUCUCGCCGGAGGGGACCAUACGCUGCUGUUCCUGCUGUUCCUGCCGCUCUAGAAUUGCUCUAACUCCAGACCUGUGUGCAAAGGGUCGGACGCCCGGGCCUCCUGCGCACACUGCACUGGUUUCUGGGUGACUGGAUGAGCCUGUGCUUCGCCUGACAGGGGACACUUGUGAAAGCGCAUGGAGGACUGUCAGCUGCCUGAUCUGAAUGGCGGGGAGAGGUCUUUCCACUGGGAGCUGACUCGUGUCAGGAUGGGCAGACCCAUGAUCUCAUUUGCCCAGAGGGAGGGCAGUAUAGAUGUGGGGAGGUGGCGAGGCCCUCACUGUUGGGGUUCGGUGGGCUGCAUUGAUCAAUAAUCAUUACAUUGCAGGCAUUCCGUCCUGCUCCCCAGCUUACUCUCUAAAGCACACAUCAUUGGGUGUCUUGGUUUUCCAGUUGCUUAUUGUUUGAUUGGACAGAUGUUUAUUAAGCACUUAAACUUGAUUAGCACAAGGCAGUAGACGUAUUAGUAAACCUUUCCAGACUCGGAAUCUAAUGGAGCUGGGAUUUCUAGUCUCCCUUCCAGUUUAGAUGAUCCAGGAAUAUACAUGGGAUGAAGGGCACAAUGGACACCGGGAGGGCUACAGGGUGUAAGCCUCGGGGGUCCGAGGCUUGAAGUGGUUUCAGCUAUUUCUUGUUAGUUAACGUGCACACUCCCUGUAAGAGCGACAUGUUUGAUCACUUGCAUGGAAACGAGCAGAGUGCCACACGUGCUGGGGAUGGAACAGUGUCCCAUCUCCAAAUGCGAUUGCUUCAGAGCAAAAUCUCUUCUGCUUGGGGAGGUAGAAGGCAUCAUAUAUCUAUUAUAUGUAUCUGUUCAUACAGAAACCAGCACCUGUCAAACAGAGCUGGCGCUAAGAUUCAAUGGAAUGCCUUUUCCUCUGUGGAAUAUCUUGCUCUAAUAGCAGUGCCUUCUCUGUGUUGAACUUAGAAAAGCCUCCAAUUGUAGAUCUUGACAUAAAUGAAUAUAUGCGAUAUCUGAGAAACUGGUUUAUACUUUUCAAAAGAUUUGCAUGUGCAUCACUUCGCUGGAGACUCACAAGAGGAGCGCAAGGCAGCUAAUGUCUGUUUUACAACACGCAGGCUUAAUGAGGUUCAGCCACAUGCCUAGAUUUAUAUCCCAGGUCGGUGGUGGAGCCCGGUGAGGACCCAGAUUUCCUGGAGGCAAAGUCCGUGGUAUGUUCAUUCCUGCGACUUCCUCAAGAUGUCUGCAGCCUUUUCACCCCGAUAUGCCUCAGAGGUGACAAACAAGGAGCUGGUUUUUGGAGGCACCCAUUAAACCAUAAACCCUUAUAUUAGUAUAUAGCCAGGAGAAAAAGAGGUUGGGCUUUUUAUGGACGAGAUUUAUUUGGAAGGAGGUGUGAUGUCAAAUUGGGGAGAAGAGUGAUUUUUCUUUGUACUUAGGUUUUUCGAAAGAUGUUGUUUUAACCUAUGUUGUGCCAAAGUUGUGUGAUUUUCAAUGCCAAACUUUUGAAGACGUAACCAGUCAAGUCUUAGUUCAAGGUGUUUUCUUAAAUUGUGUGCUUCUUCUGUUGCUUCUGUGAAUGCUUUCUAGCCAAAGUGGAGCUUCUGUUAUUGGCCAUGCCUCCUGAUUACUUCUGCCUUCUGUUUUUAGGAAUGGAAGCCUCGGGAAUCAAAUCCUCAGUGGGUCCUGUAUUUAUACAUUUGGCUUGAAGCCUUAGUUGUAUAUAAUGAUGCUUUUUUUUUUUUUUUUAACACUUAGAGUACUAUUUAUUUCUCCAGUGUAUAUAAUGUAUAAAACCAAAUAUAUGGUUAGUUUUUAUUUUAAAAUUAACCAAUUUCAAGAUUAAACAUUUUUAAUAGGAAAAUAAUAAAAAUCUAUA